AUGGAGCCUGCACACCCAUACUACCCGCUGAACGCGAAAGUGGUCGGAUACCUGGCCAACGACUGGGACGUCCCGACGCUGGUAUGCGCCUUUCUCGGAGGAUGGGGAGCUCUGCUGCUGCUGACGCUGGCGGUGGUCUCGGUUGCUCGUCCCAGCCUAAGGAUGGGCGACAAGGUGGCCAUCCUGUGGUUUGUCCUGAGCGGCAGCAUCCAUUUCUUCUUCGAGGGCUACUUUGUGUAUAACCACACUCGAAUGGCGCCGGCGCAGGACUUCUUCGGCCAACUAUGGAAGGAAUACUCUCUCUCGGACUCGCGGUACCUCACCUCGGACCCGUUUGUGCUGUGCAUGGAGACCAUCACUGCUGUCUGCUGGGGCCCAUUGUGUUUCCUGCUCGCAUAUCUCAUCACCGUUGACCAUCCUCUGCGCCAUUCCUUCCAGGUGAUUGUCUCUCUGGGCCAGAUCUACGGAGAUAUCCUCUACUAUGCCACCAGCAUGUUCGACCACUAUUUCCACCAGAUUAGCUACUGUCGGCCUGAGGGGUACUACUUUUGGUUCUACUAUUUCACCAUGAACGCUAUCUGGAUCGUCGUACCUGCCUACUACAUGUGCCAAAGCAUAGGCACCAUCACCAAGUCGAUCCAGUACAUGAAGACCGCUACCAUGAACCGCAAGUCCCAGUGA